UUCUCUGCGUUAAUCAAGCUGGCGAACAGUAGAACUGUUAGUUCUAGUAAUCAAUGAGAGGAAUUCAUAGGCAUGACAGGCGGUGGGGAUCGGACUCGCUUCCUGUUGUGGCUUUCAGCGGUGGAUCUUCACCUGGAACGGAAUCUACGUCUGGUGCGGCUGGUACGGAGGAGGAAUUCGUUGAGGUAACACUCGAUCUCCAGGAAGAUGAUACAAUUGUUGUCCGUAGAGUUGAACCGGCUGCAUCAGUUAUUAAUAUCGAUCGGGAAAAUGUAUUCGGAAUCGGAAUCGGAAUCGGAGGAGGUGGAGAAACUCCUUUAUCGGCGUCAUCGACAAUGUCUCCAACGAUGAAACGAAGUUCAUCGAAUCGUCUUCGUCAAUUUUCACAGGAGUUGAAAGCGGAAGCAGUUGCUAAAGCGAAGCAAUUAUCUCAUGAAUUAAAAGCAGAACUCAGGAGAUUCUCAUGGAGUCACGGUCACGCAUCUCGUGUUCUAUCAGCUUCUUCAUCCUCUGUAAUCGCUACUACAAGCAACAACAACAACGAGAUCGCCUUAACCGCAAGAGCUCUCCGUCAACAACGAGCUCGCCUUGAUCGAACACGAUCCGGUGCUCAGAAAGCACUUCGUGGUCUAAGAUUCAUUAGUAACCGUCAAUCUAAUGGAGUAGAUGCUUGGAACGAAGUUCGUAACAACUUCGACAAAUUUUCCAGAGACGGUUAUCUCUAUCGUGCCGAUUUCGCACAAUGCAUAGGAAUGAGAGAUUCCGAUGAUUUCGCAUUGGAAGUGUUCGAUGCUUUGAGUAGACGACGAAGAAUGAAGAUUGAUAAAAUCAGUAGAGAUGAACUAUACGAAUACUGGUCUCAAAUAACCGACGAAAGCUUCGAUUCUCGAUUGCAAAUAUUCUUCGACAUGGUUGACAAGAAUGAAGAUGGAAGGAUCGCAGAAGAGGAAGUGAAAGAGAUUAUAAUGAUGAGUGCUUCCGCAAACAAGUUAUCGAGAUUGAAAGAACAAGCCGAGGAAUAUGCUGCUUUGAUCAUGGAGGAGUUGGAUCCAGAACGACUCGGUUAUAUUGAGUUAUGGCAACUGGAGACUCUUUUACUUCAGAAAGACACUUACUUCAAUUAUAGCCAAGCCCUUAGUUACACAAGUCAAGCAUUGAGCCAGAACUUGCAAGGGCUAAGAAAACGUGGCCCGAUAAGGAGAGUAAGCUCGAAAUUUCUUUACUACUUGCAAGAGAACUGGAGAAGGAUUUGGGUCCUGGCAUUGUGGAUCAUUAUCAUGGUUGGAUUAUUCACCUGGAAGUUUUUUCAGUACAAGCAAAAAAGUGCAUUUAAUGUCAUGGGUUACUGCCUUCUCACAGCUAAAGGUGCCGGGGAGACCCUCAAGUUCAAUAUGGCCCUUAUUUUAUUGCCUGUAUGCAGGAAUAUUAUUACAUGGAUAAGGUCCACCAGACUGGCUUAUUUCAUUCCUUUUGAUGAUAACAUCAAUUUUCAUAAGACAAUUGCAGCAGCUAUAGUAGUUGGUGUUAUACUUCAUGCUGGAGACCAUUUAGCAUGUGACUUUCCAAGGCUCAUAAAUUCAUCCCAGGAUGACUACGAGCGAUAUUUGAUGGAUGAUUUUGGUGCGGUUAAACCCAAGUAUAUCGACCUGGUUCGAGGUGUUGAAGGUGUAACUGGAGUGUUGAUGGUAAUACUCAUGGCAAUUGCCUUCACCUUAGCAACAAGAUGGUUCAGAAGGAGCCUUAUUAAACUGCCUAAACCUUUUGAUAGAUUAUCUGGCUUUAAUGCCUUUUGGUAUUCUCACCACCUUUUAGUCAUUGUUUACAUCUUGCUCAUUGUUCACGGCUUGCAACUUUAUCUCGUCCAUAAAUGGUACCUUAAGACGACAUGGAUGUAUCUAGCUGUUCCUGUUCUCCUCUAUGCAGGGGAAAGAAGCUUGAGAUUCUUUAGAUCUGGUUUUUCCACUGUUCGGAUUCUUAAGGUUGCGAUAUACCCUGGUAACGUUUUGACAUUGCAAAUGACUAAACCUGCCCAAUUUCGAUACAAAAGUGGCCAAUACAUGUUUGUUCAAUGCCCUGCUGUUUCCCCAUUUGAGUGGCAUCCAUUUUCCAUAACCUCAGCACCUGGAGAUGACUUCCUUAGUAUUCAUGUCCGACAGCUUGGUGAUUGGACACAGGAGCUCAAAAGGGUUUUCUCUGAAGCCUGUGAGCCACCUCUUGGAGGUAAAAGUGGUCUACUCCGAGCUGAUGAGACUACCAAAAAGAGUCUGCCAAAGCUUUUAAUAGACGGACCUUAUGGAGCUCCAGCACAGGAUUAUAGCAAGUACGAUGUAUUACUACUUGUGGGACUUGGUAUUGGAGCAACACCAUUUAUCAGUAUAUUAAAAGACUUGCUAAACAACAUUGUCAAAAUUGAGGAACAGGAAGAAGCAGUUUCAGAUAGGUGCAAACUAUCAGAUUUGAUGGCCUUGGAUACUGAUUUCCCGUCUUCAAAUUACAAUAAAGCUCCUGAUCCGUCGCCUCCUAAGCGAAAGAAAACUAUGAAAACAACAAAUGCCUACUUCUACUGGGUAACAAGGGAACAAGGCUCAUUCGAUUGGUUCAAAGGAGUGAUGAAUGAAGUGGCUGAACUUGACCAAAGGGGAGUAAUUGAAAUGCAUAACUACUUGACAAGUGUGUAUGAAGAAGGAGAUGCAAGAUCAGCUCUCAUUACAAUGGUCCAAGCACUUAACCAUGCUAAGAACGGGCUUGACAUUGUAUCCGGAACAAGGGUGAGAACUCAUUUUGCCCGGCCUAAUUGGAGAAAGGUCCUGUCCAGACUCAGCACGAAACACUCGAACGCAAGGAUAGGAGUGUUCUAUUGCGGUGUACCGGUCCUAGCUAAAGAGAUAAGCAGACUGUGUUAUGAAUUCAAUCAGAAAGGAUCCACAAAGUUUGAGUUCCAUAAAGAGCACUUUUAAAAGUAGUGCAGGUAUGCAUGCAUUGCAUAGUUGCAUAAUUGGAAGAUGAAAAAGAGUAUUUAUUAGAAAUUAAGGAUUAGAUUAUUAGAUACAAACACAAUCUCAAGAACAGAGAAUAACUUGAAUUGGGUAUUAAACUGUUUUGGUUUUGUAGUACUAGUAAAUGAAAAAAAGAAGAAAAAAAAGGUAAUAGUUAGGUUAGGGAUUGUAUUUGUAAUUGUAAUUGUAUAGCAUUAUUAUUAUUAAUGGUGGAGCAGGAGCAUAAUUAAGGAUA